AUGACCCCUGCUGUCGAUCUACUCCGUGAUGACAUGGAGGCUGAGCUAGCGGGUCUGGAUUCUACCCCCACCCUGUUGGCUGCCGCCCAGGUCUGGAGGCAUCGGUUACUGGCCCGGCGGCCGGCCUUAGUCUUGCGCCCCUGCACAGAAGCAGACUCUCAGCGUUGGCCCAUCCUGUCGGCCUGGCGCUGGCUCAUCGCCCUGCCAGGCAGAGAGCACACACUAUCCGUGGAUGUGGCCGGCAGCAGUGCCGUGCCUACCAGCCGUGAGUGCGGUUCAGACGUCGCGUACCGCGGUGUACUCCGGCCAAUGCGCCACGCAUCGCCUGCUGCUGGUCAUGUGGAGGUGCCUCCCUCCCCACUCAUGCUGCUGGGCCCCUCCCGUGUCGCUGGUGCCACUCGCAUGGCCACAUCGCCUGCCUCUCCUGCAACCACACCCUCCACUACCGCGGACAGUGCCACUGGAACUGCGGAGCGCACAUGGCCUAUGCGUCAGACGCAGACACCCUCUGCUCCGAUUGCUGGUUGCACUGGGCUCGCAGCAUUGCGGCUUGCCCUCGGCGCCGAACAGUUCCUGUGGAUCAAGGCCUGCUCACGCACCUUCUGCGGACAGCCGAGCAGUGCCAGGUCGGCGCAGGACAGCAUGCUUCGGUGGCACCGCUACAUACCAGGAUACCUGCGCUACAUCAUGGUAGAGCUGCUGAAGAACAGCUUCAAGGCGACGCUGUCGAGCUUUGGGCCCGAUGAAAUCAAGGACCGGCCCAUUCACGUGCUCAUCUGCCGUGACGACGCUCACGUGAUGAUCCGUGUCAGCGAUCGCGCCGGUGGGAUCCCUUCACAUGUAGGCGAACGAAUUUGGUCAUACCUCUACGGCGCAGCUGCGCGUGAGGCAUAUACGCAUCACACAAAGAGCACAACGGCAACGCCCUUCUCAGGGUACGGUGUGGGACUACCCCUCUCCCGCCUACACGCACGCUACCUGGGUGGGAAGCUAGAGCUGACCUCCUACCCAGGCUUUGGCACGGACGUCUCGGUGCACCUGCCUCGGAUCACAAGUGACCAGGUGGAAGAAAUCGGACAAGAGUUUCCCUCGCAGUUUCCGUGA